AGGCGUUGCCUCCUGCGGCCUCUAGAUGGCGCUGCUCCAUUCCUUUCCAGGGCUGAACUGCUGGAGCAGCUGCGUCUCUCACCUGAACCCAAAACCACCACACACACCUGCUGGUCUGUGUGACUCAAAUCUGACCCUCAAACACGCCCAGCGCCAGAGGCGCGUCCCCGAUGGCGAAGUGCGCGUUGACGCGCUGCCCCGGGCCAGUGACGCGCAUGCGCACACGCAGCCCAGCGACAGCACCGGGCACGCGGCGAUCCAAACCGGGACCGGAGAGUGAAGCGGGAGUGAUGAUGUGCCCUGUGGAGUGAGAGGGAGUGAGAGAGAGGGGGAGAGAGACGCGGACGGAGGCUGAAAGGUGAUGGGUUGUUAACUGUGAGCUCCACUCUGCUCGUUGGCUUUGCCCCUCACUCCUGUCCCCCUCAGCCGAGGUGCCCACCAUGGUGUACGGUCAGAUCCUGCACCACCGCGGCCCGGAUGACAGCUUCAUCAACCUGAACGUGGGUGGCUAUAAGCAGAAGGUGGCUCGGGUGGUGCUGCAGCGUUUCCCACACACGCGCCUCGGCCAGCUGCUCUGCUGCCGCUCGGAAGCAGCCAUCCUGGAGCUAUGUGACGACUACAGUGCCGUGGAACGUGAGUACUACUUCGACCGAAACCCUCGUUUCUUCUGCUACGUGCUGAACUUCUACCACACGGGGAAGAUCCACCUGAUGGAGGAACUGUGUGUGUUCAGCUUCAGCCAGGAGCUGGAGUACUGGGGCAUCAAGGAGCUGCACCUUGACUCCUGCUGCAGCAACAAGUUCCAGGAGCAGAAGGAGAAUGCCGGAGAACGGGACUGGAAUGAGGACGAGCCCCAAAAUGAGAGUUUUGACUCGUCCAUGGAAGAGCUGUCAGCUCUGGACAAGGAUCUGGAGAAAUUCGAGGGCACCUGGUGUUCGGAGAAGCGCAAGCAGCUGUGGCUGCGGCUGGAAAAUCCAGCAUACUCGCGAUCAGCCAAGAUGUUGGCUAUAGUUUCCUUGAGCGUGGUGCUGAUUAGUAUCGUGGCGAUGUGUAUUCACAGCAUGCCUGAAUUCCACAAAGUGGACGCCAAUGAGAAACCGUUGGAGGACCCAGUGCUGAACAUUUUCGAAACCAUUUGCAUCAUCUGGUUCACUUUCGAGUUCAUCAUACGGUUGGCCGUCACGCCUUGCUUGCGCAAAUUCCUAAGCAACACCCUCAACAUAAUUGACUUUGUCUCUAUUGUCCCAUUCUACGCCACUUUGGCGUUUGAAAAAGUGGACCCUGAAGAGAGUGAAGAGCUGGAAAAUGUGGGGAAGGUGGUCCAGAUCCUUCGGCUCAUGCGGAUCUUCAGGAUCUUGAAGUUGGCACGACAUUCUGUUGGCCUGCGAUCCCUCGGUGCCACCCUCCGACACAGUUACCACGAGGUUGGACUCCUCCUCCUCUUCCUCUCUGUUGGAAUAUCCAUCUUUUCCGUGCUCAUCUAUUUUGUGGAAAAAGAGGAGGAUGAGUCCGAGCUCCAGACCAUCCCUGUAGGAUGGUGGUGGGCCACCAUCAGCAUGACCACGGUUGGGUACGGGGACACAUAUCCAGUCACACUUGCUGGGAAACUCAUCGGCACCCUUUGCAUCAUCUGCGGCCUGCUGGUGGUGGCUCUACCCAUCACCAUCAUCUUUAACAAAUUCUCUAAGUACUACCAGAGACAGAAGGCUCUUGUUGAGGCGGACCAGUUCGGAUUUGAAGGGAAAGGGCCGAUCCCUGGGAUACCUUUCUUCAACAUGAAGGAUUUGUAUGCCCAAGGGGUUAACUCUCUCUUGGCCAGUCUGUCUUCCAGGAGCAGUGUGGCGAGUGGAGGAGAUGCCACGGACGCUUCCAGCAUUCAGGACAUUGAGACUGUCUGCCCAGCAGGUCUCGUCGAGACUGGAGAGGAGACAUGAAUUAAGGGAAUAGUUUGGUGAGAAAUCAAAUUUACACAGUUUCCAGAUUUCCACAAAUGUAGUCAGGCAAGACAUGUUUGGUGUUCGAAGUUUGAUUCUUUAGUUUUGUACUGGAGCGAUGAGGCUAAUUAACUUGCUGGCAUUGUCCACAGACUUGCAUCAAACUGUGUAAAAUUAUUAAGCAAGCACCAAUAAACUUGCUUAUGUGAUUUCUGUCACUGAAUGACAUAAUGCAAUCUAUAAACACAUGUAAAGUUACGCUGUGAAGCUAAAAACAUUAGCAGCUGUCUUGAUGCCUGAACGUCGUCUAUACUUUUGCCCAGACUGCAUCAAAACUAGGGCUGUCAAAUGGUUAAAAUUCUGAAUUUGAGCCUAUUAAAAAAACAAAAUAAGCAUCAAUUUAUUUAAACCAGCAUCACAUUAUUUUCAAUAGAACCUAAACAUGAAAAUCACUUGAUUUCCAAUGUGAACACAGUUUCCAGUGAGACUUCCCACUUAAGACAGUUUUCACAAAGAUUCUGUCACUGGGUCAGUGCCCCUCUUGUCACUGGGAUGGUUCCCUCAAGAGUCCAUCUCAGUACCUUAAUCAGGGAACAUAACUGAACCAGAAUCCAUUGAU